UUCGAGUUUGGUUGAAGCACAGCCACAGUUUAUACAGGUUUUAAGGUAGGAACUUUACAACUUUUUUAUUGUAUAGCACAUAUAUGUUUUUUAUUAUAUGUCAUUUUGGUAUAGGAAAGGAUGGAAUGAUUUUUUUCUAGAAAGGGAUAAAUAAAAAAGUGCGCCAUUUCUGGUGACAGAAUAACAGUUUUGUAGUUAAUCGAACUUGGGCGAUAUUAAGAAAAAUGAGAGUUGGGCGAUAUUAAGAAAAAUGGGGAUAAAUGCCAUAAAAACAACAAUGAGAAGACAGUUCGAUGUUUCCAGCGAACGCCCUUCGUUAACCCACUGCUAAUUUACCGACCAAGGGUCUUCGCUCAAAACGUCGAAGUUCUCCUUGUGUAUAUGUCGAAGUUUUCCUAGUUGUAUCUCUAUCAAUCCAAAUCUUCCUAGAGAAUAAUUUAACGUAUAAAUCCAGCUUCCAUACUCAAACGGUAGAAAUUUUCUGUCAAAUAGAAACGUCAUAAAUCGAAAGGGAGCGAAGCAAAACUUAGAUUGUACGUGAUUAUUAAUUCAUGCGCGUCGAAAUUUAUUCUAGAAAAGUUUCGCAACAUGCGCAAUCAGGACUAGAAUCGUUUGGACAAUUCACAAACAUUGCCGCUUCUUAAUUUAUAGCUCUUCAGCUACCUCCUCCGCAGGCGCUUAGGGAGCAUUUCGGGCAGGUUCGGAAAAUAAAUUUCACGCCCGCAAAUUAUUCCCGCCUGCAUCGAAAGGCCUGCGGAGGAGGUAGGCUCUUCAGUUUUACAUAUAUGGUCCUUACUUUAAACCAAUGCCAAAUGUUAUAUUUUUACCAAAAUAAGAAAUGUCCAUCAUAUUGAGAUGCGACAUUGCAUGAAAUACGUCUCAUUCAAUAGUGCAUGAGAAAUCAGGCUGAAUUGAUUUUUAACUGCAUGGUCCUUAUUUCACAAUUGUUCUUGCAUGGUUUAGUGUUUAAUUUUUUCCCCUAGUGAGUAGUGAGCUGUUGAGCCUGCAAGAUAUUAUAAGUUGACGAUAAAAUAAGUUGACGUUUUGAACAUUAAUUUCCCAAAUGUAUCCCAUUCGCAAUAGUAUUAAAUAAUAUUUCUCUGUUUAAAAUACAAAACGUUUUUAGGAACCAGUCUUACUUGUCAGCGUGAAGAGGUUUUUGUGUUUUGGAUGCUUAAUUUCAAGCUGGUGGAUCUUAACCCACUGGUUUUUUCCGCGGGUUUUUACUGUAUUUGUUAAGUUUUAAAAAUAACAUUUGUGUCCAAAUGAAUUUUGGCCUUGAUUGUUCAUACUUGAUUGUUCAUAUAUAUUGUGAUACAGAAUAUAGAGACCGACUCCUUGCAACCAGUUUGCUCCCUCUCAGCUACUGGCACGAAUACCUGGAUGUAGUAUUCUUCUAUAAGGCAAAUCACGACAUUUUUAAUAUUGAUAAAAAAAAUUCUUCCAUUUCCUCAACCUCAGGGUCAAAGACAGACAAGAUCAUUUAAUCCCAACUCGCACAAAUAUAAAAUUCCGACAUACAAGACGUCAACCUAUGAAAAAUCUUACAAAAUCCGAACAUCAAGAAUAUGGAACAUACUACCCAAUUAUAUUACAUCCAAAGACCUAACAUUUUCAGAAUUCAAGAAUCUUCUUUUUAAGUACUAUAUUUUAGCAUUAGAAAAUACAUACGAUGUUGAGGAUCCCCGGACAUGGAAAAGUGUGUGUAUAAAAUGUAAUUCCGCUCGAAGUUUAAUGAACUCUCCACUGACAUGCUGCUUUUAGACAAAUGUAAUGACUGUUGUUCAAGUAUUGUCUGUUGUGUGUGUUUAGUAUACCUUGUAAAUUGUUUCUGUAUAACUAUUGGGGCCGCUGUAAUUGGCAAUAGCUGUUGUGGUUUCCCAGCCAAUGAAUGUAUAAGUAUGAUGGCAAAGUAAAUAAAUAAAUAAAUAAAUAAUACUGCAGGAAUUUUUGCACUUGUGUUGAUGUAGAAGUCAUUAACCAUCAGUUUAAUGCAAUAGAACACUUGUCUUAAGGAUGUAAUUUUUUGAAGAUAAAAACACUUAAUAACGUAUCGAGUAUUGGUGAUUACCAUUCCCCAAUAGCACGCAAAAAUGUUCCCAGAAUUUCAGCAUUUCAAGGGAGUAGAGGUAUACACCUUCUUGAUAGUGUACGUGAAUAAUCGCGAAAUAAUAUUCAAGUAUAUGAAUUUAGAAUUUUACUUAAUUGUAUUUAGAUAAUUGACCUACGAAAUGCCUGCAGUUUUCACCAAACCCACAGAACUGGAACUUGUUUCUCUACAAAGAGAGCCAAUAAAAAAGUUCUCGGACAUGAAAGCGGGCGAUCAUCUGGUUAGACAUAGUUCCCUCCUUGGUAAACAUUACCUCCAUCAUUUUCUUUGCACCGGAGUGAAAAGCGAUGGUCAACCAACGAUUAUCCAUUAUCAUAAUACACGUUCCAACGGAAGCAGUAGAAGUAUCUUAGCUUCCCUGUCUGGCUGGGGUUGCUCUGGCGGGAAACUUGCUAGCAUAAAAGAAAUUACCUUGCCGCACAAGGACUUUAUUAAAAAUGAAAGCGAAUUACAAAAAAAAGGAGUUGAAGUCGAAAGAGUUGUCUGGCCAGAUGAACUGAAAUUCUAUCCCGACCAAGAGGUCGUUAAAAGAGCCAGGGAAAGGUUAGGUGAAGAGGACUACGAUUUGGAAACAAAUAAUUGCGAAUCUUUUAUUAUGUGGUGUAAAUGUGGCAUGAAUAUUAGCUUGCAGUCUGCUUCACCAUCGGUAAGGAUCCCGUCAGAAGUCUUGAAAGGCCUUAUUAUGGCGGUUUUUCAACUUUGUGGCAACAUUCUGAAAAUCACUGUGGACAUUGUUGAGCAAGCGUUGGGACGUUCUUGUCUGGGGAAUGCGAUAGCAAAGUAUGGCACUGAAAGCUUGUCAGUGAUAGGGUGUACUGUUGGAUUGGUAUUUGCACUGGUAAUCGAUGUUGCUUCCUUAGUGUACGAUAUUCGACAAGCAAAACAGAAGUGGAGAAAAGGACUAUUGAUUGAGACGAAAGAAGAGUUUAUCAAGGAAGUUGUUGGUUUGGUAAUUACAAGUUCGUUUAGAUCUAUUGGAAGUGUCGCAGGAAUGUUUUUUGGUCAGAUGUUCAUACCUGUUCCUGUUGGCGGUGCAAUAAUCGGGACAUUUAUUGGAAGCGGUCUUGGCUUUGGGUUGGGGAAAUUCGUCUCGUGGUUAUGUUCAAAGCGUAUUGCUUCUGCUUUGGAAAAGCGCUGCUCCUCAUAUCAUCCAAACCUGGGCGCUUUCAUACAGUGGAGGGAAGUAGGCUGUCAGGUGGGCGGUGGAGUCCACAGAAGAUUGGUAAUGAGAGUAGCGCAGUGAACUCUAUAAUUAUAAUACAAUAUAAUAUUAUAAUAGAAUUCACUGGAGUAAAUACAUAAACACAAUAUAAUGUUAUAGUAGAGUUGACUGGAGUGUAAUGUAUCCAGAUGCUGCAAAGCAUAUUGGGAUUAAUUAUAUAUGGUCUUCGUUAAGAAAACAAACCUGAAUAGCUAUAAUUAUUGUUGAUAUUGAUGUCGUUUAAACUUAUUAAUGUUAACAAGUUUAUUAUUAACUUUCUCUCAGUAGAAAGGGAGAUGUAAUGUUGCAGAUGCUGCAAAGCAUCUUGGGAUUAAUUAUAUGUGGUCCUCGUUACAUAACAUAGUGUGUGACAAAUAAAACAUAACAGAGUAGCGACGUUCAUCUAAAUUUCGUUUUAAUUAUGGUGUUUGAAGAACAAAUAUCUUCCUUUGUCAUGAAGUCAAAUUUAGUAUUGAACUUUGACACCAAUAUUAUGUUAAUAUAUA